GGCGGCCGUUGGGGCCGGUGCAGCUGAGGUGAGCGCUCCGGCUGCCCGAGCAUCCUCGAGGGCGGCAGCGGAGGAGGAGGCGGCGGAGGCGGCGGUAGCAGGGUCUGUAGACUGAGUUGCUCAGGGGGGGAAAAAUGAAGAGUACUGCCAGGCCUUGGAGUGCAGUGUCAAAGCAAGGAAGUCAUGGGGUUGACAGAGGAAAGUCACUUUCCACUGCUUCAUCAGGAAUGAAGACAUCCAAGUCCUCGACUUCACUAGCUUUUGAAUCUCGGCUCAGCAAGCUGAAGAGGGCAUGCAGUGAUGAUAUGCUUACAAAACCGGGAGUGACAGCAGCUUCUGGAGUUUCUAGGCUGAAGAAGACCAUUACAACCGGAGCAAUUUCUGAGCUUGCUGAGAGUCGGCUGAAGCCCAGUACAGGAACGGUUUCAACUGCAAAGCGCACAGGGAUUCCAGCACCCCGAGAAAUAUCAUCCUCUGUGUCAAGGGAGAGAGCUGUACUGCGUGGCCAAGCCAAUACAAGGAAAACUCAGCCCAGCCCCACCUCUUCUGGUACACCGACUCCUACCAAACAUGUGCGCCCCACUAGCAAGUCCAAGCAAGAGAGUGAAACUGGUGACAAGGCUGUUUUGGAAUCUCAGGUUAAAGAACUCCUGGCAGAAGCCAAGACAAAAGAUUCUGAAAUAACCAAACUCCGUUGUGAACUGAAGAAAUGCAAAGAGAAAGGGUCGCUUAACCCUGAAGGGAUGGGUGCUUCAGACCAAAACGUAGAAACCUUGUCACCUGUUGACAUAGAUCCACUAAUACGGACCCUUCAGGAAAAAAACAGGACUUUUCAGAAAGAGCUUGCUAGCCUGGGAGAAGAAAAUCGUGUUUUGAAAGAGAAAUUGCUUUAUCUAGAGAACUCUCCUCUGUCAGACACAACAACAAGCAGUGGCGGUGACAGCAGCCUCCCUACCCCAACUACCCAAGAAUCCAGUUUUGGAAGCCCAUCAAAAAAUGUAUUGAGAGGUGAAACAGUUGAGCACAGGCAGCGAGUGAAUGGGGGUACGCUGCGCAAUUCCGCUUCUUCCAGCAGCGAUGUAACUAAAGCUUCCUUGUCACCCGAUGCGUCUGAUUUUGAACAUAUAGCAGAUAUACCUUCCAGGCCAGCGUCCUCCAACAGCAACCACUUCAAAGGCUCCAAAUGCUCCACUACAGGAAGUUCUCCAAACAAUAUUAGUGACCUUUCUGUUGCAUCUCUUACGGAGAAAAUACAAAAAAUGGAGGAGAAUCACCAUAGCACAGCAGAAGAAUUACAAGCCACUUUGCAGGAGCUGUCAGAUCAGCAACAAAUGGUGCAGGAGCUGACAGCAGAAAAUGAGAAGCUGGUGGAGGAGAAAGCUCUCCUGGAGACUUCUUUUCGUCAACAUAGAGACAGAGCAGAACAGCUGGGUCAAGAAAAUGAAAAGCUUAUGACUCUCCUCCAAGAGCGAUCCAAGAGUGAAGAGAGCAGAGCUCAGGAGGGUAAAGUCCUCGAACUGGAACAGAAGUGUGCAGAAGUUCUUGAAAAAGCACAAUUUGAAAGAGAGAAAUUGCUCAACAUUCAGCAACAAUUAACCAGCAGCCUCCGAAGCUUGGAAAGGGAGCAUCAAGAUGCCCAGCAGGUUAUUAAAGGCCUGAGAGAUGAAAACGAGAAGCUGCUUAAACUUCUAGAAGUGGAACAGCAGAGCAACAGCACAGUGACAAAAACUCUGGAGGACUGUAAAAUUGCAUUGGAAGGUCUAAAGAUUGAGAAUGGAUCUCUAAAAACCCAGCUGGAGAGUGAGAAACAAAAGGCUGCAGAAAUCAACGCCAUGGGAUGCACUACUGACAACUCUGAGGUGCAGGAGCUGCUGAAAGUAGCCCAUGCAGAAAAGGAUCAGUUGGAAGCAUCUUGCACUGAGCUUAAGCAAGAGCUGCUGAAAGCCAACAGUGAACUGAAGCAUGUUCAGGGUCUGCUAUCUAAGGCUGAGAAUGAGUGUGGUCAGCUGAAGGAGGUGUGUGAGCGGCAGGCUGAGCAACUGAGCAGAACCAGCCAGAAGCUGCAGGAAAAAACAUCAGAGAAUGAAGCAGACAUAAAGAACCUAAAGGAGACAAUUUUUGAGUUGGAGGACCAGGUGGAGCAACAUCGUGCUAUCAAACUUCACAACAACCAGAUCAUCAGUGACUUAGAAAGUAAAACUAUGAAGCUGGAAGAGCAAAAACAAGAUAUAGAGAGGCAGCUGAAGGCUCUGACUAAGCAAAUGAAGGAAGAUACAGAAGAAUGGAAGCGUUUUCAAGCUGAUCUACAGACUGCAGUGGUUGUAGCCAAUGAUAUUAAAUGUGAAGCCCAGCAGGAGCUCCGUGUAGUAAAGAGAAAGCUUCAGGAGGAAGAGGAGAAGAGUGCCAGGCUGCAGAAGGAACUCGAUGAAGUGAAGGGCAACAACAGGCUGACAGCUGAAGAGGUAGAAUCUAUAGAGACAGAUACAGCCAACCGCUGGCAAGGAGUUUGCAUUAGCAGAGCAUCUCCCACACCAUCAGAAUCUGCAGCCACUGUGAAGUCUCUGAUAAAAUCAUUUGACUUGGGAUGCUCAGGUAGCACUGGACAAAACAUCACAGUUCAGAAGGUCCCUAGGAGUCCUCUAAGUGGAAUUCCAGUGAGGACAGCCCCUGCAGCUGCUGUUUCCCCCAUGCAGAGACAUUCUGUUUAUAAUAAUACAAAGCCAGCCAGCAAAGGUGUUGUCAAGCACACAGAUCUUUCAGACCUUCCCCUUGCAGACCUUCUGAAGGGGAGAAACGAAGAGCUGAAACCGGACCAUUACCUCCGUAAAAGCCCCUCCCUGGAAUCCCUGAGCAAACCCCCCAUGGCCUUCAGCAGCAGAAUGCUUAACUCUACCCCCAGCAGCUUGAAACCCCAAAGCAAACUCAGUGUGGAGAGAAAGGACCCGUUGGCAGCCCUAGCCCGGGAGUAUGGUGGUUCAAAGAGGAAUGCUCUGUUGAAAUGGUGCCAAAAGAAGACCGAGGGCUACCAGAAUAUUGAUAUUACCAACUUCAGCAGCAGCUGGAGUGAUGGGCUGGCCUUCUGCGCUCUGCUGCACACGUAUUUGCCUGCACAUAUUCCUUACCAAGAGCUCAACAGCCAGGAUAAAAAGAGAAAUCUGCUGUUAGCAUUUCAAGCUGCCGAAAGUGUGGGCAUCAAACCCAGCUUGAGUCUGGAAAACAUUUCAAAGUCAGAGGGCUCCACGUGAUCCAGAAAAGAAAGAUCAUCUUAACCCUCUGAUCGCUGGAAGUGCAUGUGUUCCGUGUGGCUGUCCAGAUGUAAGCUACAUACAUAUGUUAUCUAAUAUAUCAGUUUCAUUUGCUUCAAGCACUGUUUUGACACUUAUUCUAAUCUGUUUACCCCAGACUUACUAGCUUUACAAAGCAUUCUGCUGCUUGAUCUGAUGGCUUUCAAUUUUGAAAUCAGUUUUACAAAGCACUGUUUCUGUCUCUUUGCAGCUUAUUUACUCAUGCCUCCCCCAGCAGCAUAGUCCAAACUCUAAUUCUACACAGUUCUAACAGUAUAUUCAUAAAAACACCUUCCCUUACCUGGGAGUUGGAACAAGGAGUUGUGGAGAACAAGAUAUCAUCAGUUUUACCAUUUGUUCUAUGUUACUUUCCAGCCUUCAAACCUGCAAAACACUCACUUUGAAAUGCUGACAAUUGGAGAUUGAGAUACCCUUCCAGGUCAUUUUCUGAGACGAAGAAUUGGGUUUAUAGGUUCAUUUCAGCUGCUGCAUUGUUGUGUAUUUUUUUCCCUUUGGAACGUUUCACUGUUAGAUCUGCAGACCUAGAUUUUUAGAAAAGCCCAUUGCUUUUUGAGGCUGCCUAAAAGUCUGAAUAUAAAUUUAAGUUUGUCCUGUAUAAGCUGCUGCAGAGCAGCGUGGUGUUCAGAAAAUAGAAAGCGUCUGUGAGUUCUUUUAAGGCAUCUCAAAUUGGAAUUGAAAAAUUAAAGUUCUAGCUGCCAUUAAUGUUACAGGACUUAUUAAGAUAAGCUACAGUGUAUGGGAAUAGUCUCUGAAGAUUGCUAAAUUGGAACACACGAUGAUGAUGUGAUAUGGAUGGUAUCAGCAACAGCUUGCCUAAACUACCUAAAUCCUCUCUGGCUUCGCCUCUUAGGAGCAAUAGAUUUUUUCUCUGAUGUGGGCGGAUGGAAUUGGUUUAUCAUGUGCUCCUUAAAUGUACAGUAGCUCUAAAACGUAACUGCUUUUAUUUGUGUCCUUGGGUAGUCUGUCAGACUCCAAGAAACCAUAAGGCUGAUUUUGGUUGAGCAUGUGAGAAAAAUGUUUAGGAUGGGGAUUUCAGUGGAGUUCCAAGGAGGGAUAUUGUGUUGUGUGACUGUUUCACUACAGCUGCUAGAGGAAAGGGAAUUAAACGUGUGGAAAGUGAUCUGACUUCCAGAAUUUGCAGUGAUUUGUAGAAGGUACAGAGUAUAUCCUGAUUUGGGAAGGUACAGAGGAGUUGAGAAGAGAGUCCAGAGUCAGCUCUCUGAGAAGGUUUUCUAGAAGGGCUGACGAGCUGUUCCUGAAAGUACGCAAUGAAACUGCCUGGAGUGAAAGUCCAGUAUGUGAGGAGAGGGAACAAGAUGGAAAAUAAAUACCUGUGCCUGUAUGGACAGCAAAGGAUGUGGAUGUCUGUAGGAUUUCGGCUUGAGAGUCCUGACUGACUGCCAUCUUGAGUGACAUUUCUCCUAAGAGUGCAGCCUGGGAUGGCCCUCAGCAGAUGAAGAAGGAAGAGAACCCAGAGCUCACUGCAUUUGCCAGGUUUUCCUUCCUGUGACUGUGAUAUUCAUGGGAAUGUCCAAGAGCCAAAGAUUCACUGUUUUUCUCGUGCUGCAGUAAGGCAGCCACGCUAAGCAGACUCAUUUUUGACCUAAGCAGGUUCUCCACUUUCCAUUCAGUGAGACACAUCCUGCUUCUUGAGUUUUGGCAGGUUUCUUUUUUUUUUUUUUUUUUCUUUUUUCCAGGCUUUCUGUGUGAUUUUUCUUGUUCUGUGUGUGCAACCAGUAUUUGUGAGUCUUCUGUUCAAACCAAAUAGGUGCAUGCUGGCAGAAGGACUGGUUCUGCCCUAUUUGAUUCCUGACCCGGAGCUCUUCAAAGUCCAGCUUUUGGCUUCACUGACUUGACUCUCACUUCCUUGGCAACGACAAUAAGAGCGUGUUGGCUCAUCUGGCUGUAGGUUGUUUGCACCUCCCUCAUCUUUCUCUGCUUUUGGUAUCAGGGCUUCCAUUCGGAAGUAUCUGAUGGGACCAGCUGUUUGCAAAGCUGCACCUUGUGUAUCUGAUUACAUGCAGAGUCCGUAUAGGAUGAGAUUAUGCAUUUUCCUGUCAGAAGAGGGCUUUUGCCUAAGAAGACUCAGGGCACUGAGCAUUAAGACAUGUUUUUAAACCCAGCAAUAACUUCUACUAUGCUAGAUUCUGUUGUUUUUUAUCAACUCCAGUGCCAUUUAGACUCACUCACAAAUGCUGUGUAGGAACAAGUUUAUAACUAAACUACAAUUAAUGUUUUUCACAACUGAUGGUCUCUACAUUUUUGACUUGCACGUGUGCCAAGUUCCAUUGGGUGGUGCUGGACACAAUGUUUUUAUUGAUUAUUGGUCCAGACUUGAGUUUGUCAUGUGGCAUAAUCAUCUCUAACAGUCAAGUACUUCUAGCUUUCUCUAUUGGAUACAGAUGUUACAUCGUGAUCUAAUUUAUACAAAGAGCACAUUAGAAUGUAUAUACUAGGCAUUGCCAGAUUCGGACAUGCUAAUAUUUAAAGAUUAACAUUAUUGAAAUGUAUGAUGCAAAAAAAAAAAAAAGUAAUAUUUCUAAUAAAUCUUUUUCUGUUUCUGA